AACUGUUGUAGUGGUUGAUUUGCUUUCUGUUAGAACUCAGAGGAUAAAAGUCAGAGUGGCUCAGUCUUUAAUAACUGACCAGAAAACUCCUGUCUCUGAAGCCAUGUCUACGCAAAGUACAAAUGCUGCUGUGCUGUUUGGGAUCAUUACCAUCCUGUCCCUGCUGAGAUCAGACUGCAUGGCUGUGGAAACAGAUGAAAAUGGAUCUAACCGGUGUGUCUACACGAGGCAACAGAUGCAAGACCGUUCAUAUCAAAACUUAACAGAGGUUCCCUCAGGUCUUCCCAGUGACUUAAAGUAUCUGGAUAUGUCUCACAAUUCUAUCCCAAAACUAGGAGAAGCUGCCCUCUCUGGACUUGCCCAGCUCUGUUUCCUGAAAAUGACUCACUGUGGUCUGGAGGAAAUUUCACCCAGUGUGUUUAAUCACACUCCAGUUCUCAAAGUUCUCAAUGUGUCUCAUAAUUAUUUAAAAGUAAUUCCUGACUUUUCACUGAAGCAACUGAUAAUCCUUGAUUUGGCUCAUAAUUUGUAUGACAGUUAUCAAAUACCAGAAUCAUACCAGGACCUGCAAAAUCUGACAAGGCUUUAUUUAGGAAGUACAGCUGCUCUGUCUGUGAACUCCAACGAUUUUAAUCCUCUGACAAACCUGUCUUUGCCACACCUGGAGUUUGGAGCUGGAAUUCAGUGGCAGAAAUACGAGACAGGUGCUUUUGCAAAACUCAAGUCUCUCCAAAAGUUGUCUCUUCAUGCAUCUUUCUGUGAUGAUUUCAGGAUGUUUGAUGCUGUCCUCAGGGACGUGAAUAAAACAGGAACAACAUCUCUGAGAUUAAUCACUGUAUUUCCAGACAACUGCAACAUUACUGGUAACCCUUUUAAGAGUCUGAGAACAAUGACAUCAAUACAGAGUCUUACGAUAGAAAACACUUGGAUAAACAGCUCAUUCAUGGAGGUGUUUCUGAAGAACCUGUGGCUGUCCUCUGUAACUGACCUCUCAUUUGUCAACAUGACUUACAACGAAGACACACCUGACGGAUUCCAAUUUCGCACUAUUAAUCACACAUUCAGUCUUCGCUCAGUUACGUUUGAUGGUAUAAACCAUUAUCAGUACAAAUACCCUACAUUUAACAUGAGCUUUGACCUCAUUUCCAACCUGGAGUAUUUGAAGUUCUCAGGAAGUGGAAUGAACAUUUUGCCGUGUAAACUCAUAUCUGUCCUACCCUCACUGGAGACUCUGGAUCUGUCAGAUAACCUCCUGAUAGAUACAGGCUUCUGGUGGCCUGGUUGUUCAUAUACAUCUGUCUUCCCCAAACUGAAACAUUUGUCACUGAGUAAAAACAGGUUCCAGAGUCUUUUAUUUAUUGCACAGCAGACGCAUCAGAUGAAGACACUGAAGUCGCUGGACCUCAGUUUCAACUCCCUCAAACUGGAUGGGGUCCAUCCAUGGCCUGAACAACUGAAAGAGCUAAAUUUAGGAAACAACAACCUCGGCAAUGGUGUUUUUAAAUACCUGUCUUCAAACUUUGAGAGGAUUGACUUGUCGAAGACUGGAAUAACCACUAUAACACAAGAUGAUCUGUCUCCUUUCACCAGGCUGACAGACCUCUAUCUCAGCUCCAAUCAAAUCCAGGUGAUCCCUGCAUCUCUCAAAGCCCCAGCACUGGUCAGUCUUUACAUAGACCAGAACGCUAUCACAUCUAUUUCCAAGGAGGCCUUGUCAGGGUUUACCAGUCUCCAGAUCUUAAAAGCCGGAAACAAUCCAUUCACCUGCUCAUGUGACUCUUUUUGGUUUGUCACACAUCUCAACAAGUCUUUGCUUCCUGACUGGCCCCUGCAAUAUAUAUGUAGUACCCCACCAUCAUAUGCAGGUCUGUCGCUCUCAGGUUUAAAUGAGCUUUCAUGUGAGACAUGGCUUCAGGCUACAGUCGCUUUGUCUGUGAUCGUGGUUAUAUCUGGCAUCACUGGGCUGGUGUUCUACAAAUGUGAUGGUGUGUGGUAUACAAAGAUGUUAUGGGUAUGGAUCAGAGUGAAGAGGAGAGGCCAGAAACGGUCCCACAUGUUACAGAAUGUGUCGUUCACUUAUCAUGCCUUCAUCUCCUACAGUCACCAUGACGCUGACUGGGUGGACAACCAGCUCGUGCCCUCCCUGGAAGGCACUGGGUUUUCCCUUUGCAUUCACGAGCGAGACUUUGUCCCAGGUGACUGGAUCAUAGAUAACAUUAUCAACUGUGUGGAGUCCAGCUACAAGACUGUGUUUGUCCUCUCUGAACAUUUUGUCCAGAGCGAAUGGUGUAACUACGAGCUCUUCUUUGCCCAACACAGAGCCAUCAGUGUCCAACAGGAUUCUCUGGUCUUCAUCUUACUGGAGCCCAUUCCAACCAACUCUCUGCCCAAGAAGUUCCUAAGACUGAGGAGUCUGCUGAGGCAACAGACGUACCUUGAGUGGCCAAAGGAUGAACGGAAGCAGCAGAUUUUCUGGGCAAGCCUUAAAUCCAUGUUGCAAAUGGGAAACAAGUCCAUGGUUUUGAAAGAUGUGGCUUUGGCCAUUUCAGAUAUGGCCCCUCUGAUCACAAACUCAGCUGAAGAACUUCCUGUUGAAUUAUAAAUACUGUGUGACUAUGAUGAUAAUUCAAGAUUGUCUAAAUGUUUUUAAACAGUGAAGGUUUUGAUACUAGACAUUGUAGGUAUUUGACAGUUGUUUAAUCAAGUACUAAAUUGUAGAAUAUUCUUACAGAGAGCUGUGUAGUUGGUGGCUAAUCCAGAAGUUAGUAUCAUCCCAAUUUCUUGACCAAAACUCAACAUGUUUUUUUCUGGUGGUAGUUUGUAGAUAUUUUUAAUUUGAGUGACAGCAAGUCAUAUCUGAUAAACCUUAAAAUCUACCUUUUUUUUUUUUUUUUUUUUUUAAGUUUUUCUGUUUUUUAAUACAUGAAUAGUGAAAUUUCUCCAUAGAUAUAUCACAUACCAUGCAUGAAAACUGGUGGAUUUUAAUCCAAAUCCGGAACUACUAUAAAAAAAAUAUGUUCGAUUUAUAUUUAUUUGUCAAACAUGAUGAAUGAUAAUCUGUGAUUACUCAACGACAUGCUGUAUUCUGAUAGUACAAGAUGUGGAAAAUCAUUGGACUUACACAAUAGUUGUACUUUCAUCAAUGAGCUCAUCAUCAAGGAAUUUCUAGUAAAAGAGAAGCUAAAGAAAAAAAAUAUUAUAUCAUUUUAAUAUGAACUGCAUUGUCGUCAAAGGAAGAAAUUCAUUUAUUUGUGAGUAUAUUCAAUCAGUCAGAACAAUGUGAUUCAAGUGGUGUGUAUUUUUCAUUCAAGUGAUAACACCUAAUUAUUUGUACAGCAUUUGAAUAUUUCAGCUAACUAUACUGUAAAUAGAGAUGCAAUUUUAUAUAUACACUCAACAAAAACGCACCACUUUUGUUUUUGCUCCCAUUUGUCAUGAGCUGAACUCAAAGAUCUAAAACUUUUUCUGUGUACACACAAGGUUU